AUGCCGACGGCGAUCGAGAAGGUCCUCGGGGUGUCCACUGCGGUGCUGCGAGGUGCCCGCAGCGGCAAGAAAGCUUACUCGAGGAGCUGCCUGCCCACCUCACGCACACCUGCACUCAAAAACGAGCUCUCGCCUCGCAGUCACUGGGGCUUCGAGCGCGCCAUGCGCAACGACACUGCUUCGCGCUCUCAUCGGCGGGUAUUCUGUAUUCACAUCCGCUCCUUCAAUAGCCCAUCAGGGCUGCACUAUGUAGGAGUAAGUAAACAAAGUUUGCAUUUCGUGUGUGUGCAGAGAGACACAGUGGAUCCCUCAUCCUUGGCAUCCCUGCCUUCCCUCGGCAUUCGAGACAUCCCGGCAGCCGCGAGGGAGUACAGCCUGGCUGUGGUGGCACUUCCGAAAGAUCCCGAGCAGGCACAGGAUGCCGUGCAGGCAUUCCAGGACGAAGUGUCAGGUGAGCCACAGCUGCAGCUCAACGUGGAGUACCGCGUGGGUGGCCAGGAGUUUGUCACGCUGCUCACCCCGUCGGGCACCGACAUUGGCAAGACCCUGCUGCAGGAGGGCUGGGUGUUGCUGGAGGAGCGCCGUGACCGGCACCUCCAGGAGUUGCUUCAGGACUACGUGGCCGCCAGGGACUCGGCUAAGGCCAAGCGGCUGAACCUCUGGUGCUACGGCGACGUAACGGAGGACGACUCCAAGGAGUUUGGCUGGGGCCGUUGAGGAGGACCUGUCGCCGCAAAGUCAACUUCUGCCUCGCACACCUGUGGUGUGGGGGAGGAGGGGGUUCGGGUUGUUGCCGGUGGUGGAGGAGGAGCGGCUCUUCGCCCGUUGUCAAGGAGGCCCGCGGAGGCGGGGCGCUCCGGCUGAAGCACGGGGGAGAGCAGAGUUGCAGCCUCCUCCCCUCAUUUUAUUGUGAAGACUCUCUUUUGAAGAACACUGGCCUACAAAGGGGGGGAGGUGCAUUGCUCGUCAUCGACAUGUGUUGUCUGUGUCUCUCUCUUUUCUCUCUUAUUUUUUUUUUCCUGCCGCGUCACUGAAAUGUCGGGCAGCGCUCUUGUGCCCCAUUUCAAUGGCUGUGGUGAGGCACGGGUCGGGACCCUGUGCAGGUAGUACCAGUAGUAAUUGCCCCCUUGUACAGAGAGCUUGGGAAUGUAAAGCACAGAACUCAUGCCACCCGUAGCAGUCACACUCGCUCUCACUCUUUACACGUAGGGAGGAAAGGCUUGCAGAUGAUGUAAUCAAUGUUGUGUUACUGCACUGUUAAGUUAUGUCCGGGUCCUGGCUGGCAUCAAAACAUUGUCAACGUGACGUGUACAACAGCAUCCUCUGCGGGUCUCGGCUGUACCAGCCGGCAUCGCUCGACAGUGUGCAGUUUUGCCUAAUAUACAUAAAGUCUCAAACGACGCUGCCAAGUGGCAGUGAAUUAUCAACAUUAGCGAUUGUCCGUGCUGGCUUUGUUUGCCUGUGGGCUUGCUCCUUGAACCAUCUACAAAGCGACUGUUGGGGUGCAAGUCUUCGCGUAGUAGUUUGGUGAAAAGGCAUGGCUCCUAUUGCUGUGUUUCAGCGUGCUUUGUAAAGGUUUGACCCAUAUAUUGUGGUCUCUGCAACGAAACAGUGUCUUCUGACAUUAAAAGAAACGGCUUCUCCGUUUAUGGUACAGAUGGCCUAAUUUGGCGAUGCCUGUGUCUUCUCAUAGAUUCUCUUUUUUGUAUUGUUGUUCUCGCAUACAGUGGUUACUUAUACAUGACAGUAAAAUAUUGCCCCCUCUUUUUCUUUUUUUUUAAUAAAGGAGUUGACUUUGA